GAAAAUUGAAAAGGUUGCUACAAGAAGGUAGGCAUUUCUUAUCUGUGAAACCAUCUCAACUCUUCACUAUUCUCGAUUUGCCUCAUCGUCGCCAAUUUGUUAGUCAUCUUUCUUGUCCACUGUGAUGUGAAGGAUCUUCCAAUGGAUUGCCUUCUACAUUGAAGGAACUAAGUCGCACUCCAGAAAGAAAUUUGUCAUGAUGGGGGUUUCUCUACGCUAUUGCGAUAUUAUUCGCAAAUCCAAUCCAAACUUCAACUCCUUAUUGCCACCACCUCUAUCUUUUCACCGCGAUGGCUUCUCCCUCUUCUGAUGAGAUUUUCGAUAAUUGGGCUGGAAUAAUAGAAGAUGAUUUCUCCAAAACAAUACUCGAGACAUUUGGACUAUCCAGCGACGAUAAUUAUGUGUAUCGUGCCGAAUCAUUCGCGAUGACAUUGUCACAAAUUCAAGAAACCACUAGUACGGGAAAAUUGAAGUACCAUUACCAAGAUCAUGGCAAGGUUGUUCAGGUACCACUCGCAGACAUCGAUGCCUAUACUUCGAUAUUCUCUUCCAAGACCGAUACAUCUAAAGCUCUAGUAGCAUUCUCCUCCAACGCAAAGAAAGGCUCACCUCGAGAAUGGGUUGCGAAUUACCUCCAAUCUCGUCGAAUUCCUCCUUCAUAUAAGAUACCGAAAGCAAAAGCACAUACAAACCCAUACUAUGAUAUCUGGGCUCAUACAUGUCGGAUGGUAUCCUUCCUUGGACCACUUCCUGAUGCACAUUAUGCAAAUCCCGCGGCCGCAAAAAUGACUCAUCCGGUUCUUCCUGCUCUUUACCAUCAUUUUGGAUGUGCCGUACCAUCUCACGAUUCUCUUUACAUAAUAUCUCAGCUUGUGGAAGAGUCAAAAGCCGAUGGAAUUAUUGAUAUGGCAAGUGGAAGUGGGUAUUGGACAUACAUGUUACGUCGAAUGAAGAUGAAGGUCAACGCUGUUGAUAAUAUGGCGAGUGAAUAUAGAAAUAUGUGGAUAUCUGAUACUGAGAAGGCAGAUGGGGUGGAAUAUUUGAGGAAGAAUGCUGGAGGAAAGAAGAAAGUUUUGUUGAUGGUAUACAUGAUUACGGCUGGGACAUUCACGAAACGGGUGUUGAACGCUUAUAAAGGGGAUAUAAUUGUGGCAGUCGGGACACAAAACGCGAAUCGAUACACGGGAUUUAGCGACUGCAGUAUGGAAGAGUGGUUCCAGAAGGAGAUGAGUGAUUGGGAGCUCACUUGUAGGAUCUCAAUGCCAAGUUUCGCAGGCAAGGAUGAAGGGAUGUUUGUAUGGAAGAGAAAGAGUUUGUGAGGAUUGUGAAAAUUGACGAGAGCGUGGAAUUGGACGGGACUAGAGGAUUCUGAUAUAUGAUGGUUUAUCUAUGGAUUCAUGUCCCGGGGAUGGGGAAUUCCUUUGGUGCUAGCAUCGAUCCUGCCCUUAGAAUGAUAAUCUGGGUGAUGCGUAACCUUUUUUAUCACUUCCAAAUACCUUUUCUGACUUGUUGCCAAGAUCCUUCCAAUGAUGACUUGAGCACCCUUCUUGGAGCUUCAGUAAAUAUCCAUGUCAAGGUUGGACAGUCUUAUGACCUGCGACAAGUGUUGAUCAUUACAGUGAUAAGUUUGUGAGUGAUACUUUGGGAAGUGAUGAAGCGAGAAGGAAUAUCAUGGUAAAGAAUGAACUAAACAAAAUGGAAGCCUUUCA